AGAGCACUCUAACCAUACAUACCCCCAUCUCCAACACAUGAUUGUAAGAACUAGAACUAGAAGGGACCUCAGAAAUCAACCAGUCCAAUACUUAUUUUAGAGAGGAGGAAACUGAGGCACAGAGAAGGGGAGUGACCUGCCAAAAGCUGCAUAGGUAACAGGUAGUAGAAACGGGACUCCCAUUCUCUUUCCCUUCCUUCCUCCUAUCAAAGACUACUCUCUGGAAAGUUUUGUCAUGGCCUAAGAAUCUUGAGGGGGAAUUCCUGAGAUAGUGAAACAAUGUCUGUAAUUGUGAUGUAAACUCAGAGACCUCAGCAAUCAAUCCCUAAUCUUUUAUUUAAAAAAAAAUGUGGGGAGGAAAGGGCUGUUAUAUAAGAAGGCUGAAUGAGGAAGUUCCUACCUUCCUUCAAGCAACACCUUCGAUGUUAUUCCCUGAAUACCCAAGAAGCUAAAGAUGCGGGUUUUCUCCUUGAGAUCUUGGUGUUUUAUGUGGUCCAAAGCCCUUCAGGCUCUCUAGGAAAUGAAAUUCAACCAUCAAUCCUAGCUCUUCUCUCUCUCUCUUUCUCUUUCUGUCGUCUCUCUCUCUUCCUCUCCUCUCUGUCUCUGUCUCUGUCUCUGUCUCUCUCUCACACACACCCACUUUCCCUCUCCCGCUUCAUCAUGGAGAACCACAGCAAAGUUGACAGCCCCACCAAUGUGUCCCUGGUGGGCAGUGACACUGUCCUGGGCCUGAUCGAGUACAAGACUGUCUCUGUCUUUUUGGUGCUGCUGAUCUGUGGGGUGGGCAUCAUCGGCAACAUGAUGGUCGUACUAGUUGUGCUGACCACUCGGGACAUGCGGACACCCACCAACUGCUACCUGGUCAGCCUGGCCUUGGCCGACCUCAUGGUACUCCUGGCAGCUGGACUGCCCAAUGUCUCAGACAGCCUGGCGGGGCAGUGGAUCUACGGGCAUGCUGGCUGCCUUUGCAUCACCUAUUUUCAGUAUCUUGGAAUCAACGUCUCUUCUUGUUCCAUCAUGGCAUUCACUGUGGAGAGGUAUAUAGCUAUCUGUCAUCCCAUAAGGGCCCAGACAGUGUGCACAGUAUCCCGGGCCAAGCGUAUCAUCGCUGGAGUCUGGGUGGUCACGUCCACCUACUGCAUGCUUUGGUUCUUCCUGGUUGACAUCAAUGUCACCAAGAGCCAGAGUCUGGAAUGUGGUUACAAGGUUUCCAGGAACCUCUACUUGCCCAUCUACCUGCUGGACUUUGCCAUUUUCUUUGUCACCCCCUUGGUGGUGGCCACUGUCCUCUAUGGGCUAAUCGGGAGGAUACUCUUCCUGAGCUCUCUCUGCCAUAUGACCAGUUGUGCAGGCACAGAGGGCUACCCCGAGGGGAGUGCCCCAGAGAGGGGACAAGGCACCAAGGCAGAACAGGGCAAGGCUGGUGGUCACUCUCGAACCAAAGGGGCCCUGUCUUCCAGGAAGCAGGUCACCAAGAUGCUGGUUGUUGUGGUGGUCCUCUUUGCUGUCCUAUGGAUGCCUUACCGGACCCUGGUCCUAGUGAACUCCCUUAUGGACCACCCUUACCUUGACCCAUGGUUUCUCCUAUUCUGUCGAACCUGUGUCUAUGCCAACAGCGCCAUCAACCCUAUCAUUUACAACCUCAUGUCCCAGAAGUUCCGGAUGGCCUUUAAGAGAUUGUGCAAAUGCUCAGAGGAAGAGCCCCAACGGCGAAUGGUCUACUUGACCACCACUAGCUACAGUGUAGUACAGGAGUCCUUCCAGGCCAAGCCCAGGGCCUUGGGCAAGAAGCACGGGCAAGCUCAGCCUCACUUGGAGCAGGAACAGGGGCCUGAGGGUUCCCAGCCUGCUGGCCAACCAGCCAGUCAAGAAAAACCAUAUUUCAGUGUGGUCUAGCACCCUCCCAUGACCUCUGUCCCCUGCUUUUUCCUUUCUCUUAUAACCUUGCAUGAUUGAGUUCUUCUACUGUUCUAUAUUCCUUUACAUUCUAAAGACCCUUCAAGUCAACAAAAGAGGUAUGUGACAAGAUGAGGAGAUAUCAUCUUAAGGAUGAAUAGGCCAAUCUUAACAGAGCAGUGUUUUCCUACUAGCAGACUGGAGAGCCUGGUGGGCAGCUCUGGGUACUACUCUGGAAAUAGUAGCAGUAGUGUCAAGAAGAGGGGGACUUAAGAUAUUCCAUAUGGAGAAGGAACUGGGAAUGAACGUAGGCUGUCUGAGCAGACCAAAUCUUUGUCAUUUUCGACUUUUCCAACUACAUAAAGACUCUGGACCUCCAAUGUGAUGCUGACCCAAUGAACUUUCUUCUCGAGGUUAAGGACCCAAGGAAAGAAUAGGCACUGGUUAUCUAGAAAAUAGUUGGAUAAAUGGAAAUUGACUAUAUUAUGAUACAGAAAGUUAGGCCUUUGCUUGCUGUUAGACCUGAUAGAUCUAAUUCCCAAAAUGAAGUCUCUUUAAAUGGAAAAAAAAAGUAAAAUUACACUGAAAAAUAGCACUAAUUGAAGGCAGUGCUCAGGUUUUCUGUUCAGUUAGAUUUGGGAAAUCAGUGAGGCCUGUUUUCAGACUAAUACAGGGCUUUAUAUAAGCGA